UUAAUAUGGAUACACAUUGUUGCGGUCGUAAAUAUAAUACCUUCUAGAAAAUCCGUCCUUUCAUUCAACAAUACCGACAAUGCCGGUGAAAGAGAUACUUCAGCGGUGCAGGCCGAUCCCGCUGUACACGGUGCUGGUGCUAUCGAUCUGCUACUUCGUGCUCCAGCUGAUCCUCAGCCACUUGACGCACGGACUCACUCUACUGAUGGCAUCCCAUCACAUGUUGUGCAACAUUUUCGCACUCGGCGGCUGCAUCAUCACAAUUAAGCAUAGUAAAAAAAAGCCGGAUCCUCAAAAUCCGAUCCCCAAUCAGACCCAGACCAAGGUCAACGUUAACGGCAAUGGAUCGGGAGUGGUUGUUAACCUGGCCGAAACGGAGGCCCAAAAACGGGCUAAACGGGAGUGCCGUGAGCAAAAGCUACGUAAUACCUUUGGUUGGGCCAGGAUCGAUAUACUUACCAUGCUGAUUGUGUUCAUUAUCCUGGCGUCGUUAUCCUUUUCCCUGGUGGUGGAGGCCUUGCAAACACUCGUUCACAUCGACCAUCAAGAUACGAUGCACCUACCGAUUCCAAUGAUGAUGCUCGGCUUUGUGGGCCUAGUCCUGAAUGGACUUACAUAUCUGCUCAUUGGCGGAUACACGCUGCAUCAGGGCAGCUUUCUGCACCUGACUCCCGGCGGAAACGUGGUGCUUGAGCGUCCCAUGUCCAGCAAUCUGGAUCUGUCCCUCACUCCAAUGCAAAGGCAACUCAGUAAAUCCCGAAAUGAUCGUCACUUACGCGAGGAAUUGGAGGCGGAGGUGGGUAGUGUUUACUUCGCCACCAAACGUCAGGGAGCAGUGGAAAUGCUGCGCGAUGUGUCCAGUACCAUAUUUGUGAUCGUUUGUUCCGCAAUCGUCUAUGUGGCGGAGGAUGAGCAGCAUACUGCCAAGUUUAUUGAUCCCGUGCUCUCCAUUUUCUCUUGUAUCCUGCUCGUGACGCUCAGCUAUCCCUACAUGAAAGAAUCCUGCCUGAUCCUGCUACAAACAAUUCCGGGUUCCAUCGAUCUGGAGAUCUUUGAGAGGACACUGGUCAUUAAAUUCCCGGAGAUUAUCAGUUACCAUGAUCUGCACAUAUGGCAGUUGGCCGCCCAUCGAUACGUGGCCACCAUUCACAUCCAGUUCCAGAAUCCCAAACUCUACCUCAAGAUCAUCGAACAGGUGCGGGCAUAUUUCCAUGAUCAGGGUAUCGGAGCGGUCACCAUCCAACCGGAGUUUUAUCCGUCCACCAAUAAAAAUGCCUCUGCCUCGCUGGAAUGCCUGAUGCAAUGUCAGGCAGCGGAAUGCAUUGAAAAAGUUUGUUGCCGGGACUCCCGCACCGAUCUCCGUGAGGUUUGCGAUGCUCCCGGAGGCCGUAAGUCAUCUACUCCAACCAAAUGUCAAGGCGAUGGCCACGAUCAUGGCAUGGGAAAAUCGAAAUCCUGCGCCGAACUGAGCGCAGUGGUUGUGGAGAAACCCAAGGAACUGAAUGCAGCCCAGUUGUUAAAGGGCCAAGAUCAGGAAGUGGCCAAAUCCAUGCCCAAACUGCAACAUACACCGUCGGAUGCUGAAUCGACCUGUUUGGGUACAUCCAAAUCAAAUGACAGUCCACCUCCUCGAACGAGUAGCGAUUGAUUCACCUUAAAUAACCAAGUAUUGAAUCAAGGCUUAACGAUUUUAGCUAGUUCUUAAGUUAGUUUACGAAUUUGCCAUAUAUCUGUUGGAGCUCUUUUUUUAAAACUAGACGCCUACGAAGCACUGGUAGGCCACGCUUGAUCACAACAGAUGAGAAUUCAGUAAAAUGUAAGCAAAGAGUUUCAGUUCAAUUUCAAUACUAAGUUUUAACCAACUUAUUUUCGAUCAUGUUUUAAUUUUAAGAAAUUUUAAUCUUUUAAUCCUAGAAUCACUUAAAAUAAAAGGUUAUAAUCAGGGGCUGUUUUCUCCCCACUCUUGUGUCAACGAACUACAUUUUGCCCACCAGUGCAAUUAGUUUACGAAUAAUUUGUUUUAAGGUACAUUUACUAUGUAUAUGUUGUACUAUAUAAGUCUUAAACAUUUACAACCGAAAGAUUACAAAAAAUAUAUCAACUUGACGUGUCAUUAACUAAACAA